GGCCUAGCCGGCUCCUCCCGCUGCAGGCGGGCGGGUCGCGGGGACAAGGGAGGAGGAGCUGUGUGUGACCUGCGCUGAGGCGGCUUCUCCUUUCGGACCCUUGGCAUGGCCGGGGGCAGCGGACCCGUGAGCCUGCAGCCGGGCUGUUCAGCCCCCGUCAUGGCUGUUUAUAGCGGUGCUGAGCACACGCAGAUACCCCCGAAGGCAGUAAUGGCCAGUCUCCAUCCUAGCACUGCUAAUAACCAAUCUUCUUGAGAGCAUUAGAGAAGAAGGGUGCACCCACGAUGGCUGCUGAGCUGGAUUUCUCCCCGCCCGAAAUCCCUGAGCCCACGUUUAUGGAGAAUGUGCUACGCUAUGGACUCUUCUUUGGAGCCAUUUUCCAGCUUAUCUGUGUGCUGGCCAUAAUCCUGCCAGUGUCCAAAUCCCAUAAGACAGACUCUGAGAGUUUUGAGCCCAAGAAUUCAGAGACAGUGAAGAAGCCAAAGGCGACUGCUCCACAGAUAAGCAAGAAACCUAAGAAGGAAACCAAAAAGAAACGAUAAAGGCAUGAGCAAUGAGCCUCAAAAGGCAAAAUAAUCACCUAUAAUCACGCUUCCUCAGAGAUGACAUCAAAGGCAACUCACUAGAUUAAAUGGUUCUCUGGCAUUGUCAUGUUUUACCUUUCAGAGACAAGGGAGAAGGAACUUGGAAGAGUGGAAGGGGUGGGGUUCUACCGUAGAUUUCUUAUAAGCAAAGAGGACUUCAUAUGUCCAGGACUUCAUCUGACAUAAUUAAUGUGUCAAUCACCAUUAAAGUGACUUCUCUCAUUCCUGCUGGGUAGAAAGGCCUGUUGUCCUAGCUCCACCAUGCUGGCUGGGGUUCCUAGUCCAGUCCCUGGAGAAGGUGGAGCAUGGGUUGCUACUUUGGACACUGGUUUUUGUUGUGUUUUUUGAAGGCAGAGGGAUCAAAUGGAUCAAGGAUACCACACUACACACAGCUUUGUAUUCAUUCAUCUCUGUUGUCAUCUAGUCUGAAAUACAUAGCUGCAUUUUAUGGCUUAAUAAUAAUGUCUUUGUCAUAUUCUUUAAUUCUUUAGGUAAUAACUCAUCAGAUUCCAGACUGCAGUAGAUGAAAGCUUUCAUUUCCCCAGCGUCGCUGCCUUUCUUACUCCCCACCCAUGCACUUUACAUUCCCACCCUGGAAAGCAGGUACAAUUCAGGGAAUUGAGGCUGUGGUGGGGACUGCAGAAAGCUGGGAACAAUUUGAUUCUAGGAGGUGCAAAAUUUAAUGUGUUAAUGGGGUUCCCAAGUUUCUUUUCCCAAGUACUGCAUGUUGGAGAAAAGCUGCUCUGAGGUGAGAGUCUUGGAGCAGGGAAUUGGUUGUGUAUCAGACAGCACUGCCUGGCUGUACUGUUGAUAAACUUCCCGUCAGACAGCUGAGUGCUAACAACAUGCUCCAUUUCAACAUGGCUGGGGCUUGUUGCAUUUGCAGUCUCCCUCCCAGCCUUGCCUGCUGCAGUCUGCUACAUCUCCUCUUGCUGAAUUCUCCCUGAAGUUAAAUACAAUCUCAGCCUGAGGAGAUCCAGGGGGUGGCAAGCUGCCUGUGUACCAUGACUAUAUAGCAAGAGACAUAUACACAAUGCUCCUUCAGGCUCUGCCCCUCCAGGUCCAAGGACAACCUAGUAUUAGAUUUAAAUAUGGCUAGACAGGACUGGAAAGAGAUAGGUGGUGACAUAGCCACAGAGUCUCUGUAGGGCAGCUCGAGCUUCCUGAAGCCAGCUCACAUCUUGGUUUGUUUGAUCAUGAAUGAGUCAAUGGGAGGAGAACCUGCUCUUGUAGGCGCACCCAGGGUUCAGAGCGGCUUUGAAGGACAGGCUUCUCUCUAGCAGGGCUGGAAGUCAGAACCUUUUUGCAUACAUAGCCUCCCAUCCUCAAUUUACAAAUGCCUUGGGAGCCCAGAUAUGGUAGCAGUGUUGUGCUGGGUGUUCUUUAACAGGAGUUGAACAACUCAUUUACACCAUCGGUGUUUAGAGCAGCCAUGUUCACUGCUCGCUCUCGCUUUUGGUGGGUGAGACAAAUGGAUCCCAGUACCAGUUUGAUUAACCUCUCACUGCUUCCUCUGCUCCAGGCUCUCUGCUUCCCUUAACUAGAAUCCUGACACCAAGAUGCACUGCUUAAAAUCCAGCUUAGAGUUCUGCUUUAAAUUCAGCAUUUUGUUUUUCUUCCUUUUUUUUAAGCUACAUAAAGGCAAUCCUAGGACAGAACAAAGCAUAGGAGACACAAGUAUUCUACCAUUGCUUUGAGUUCUCAGUACAAAGAAACAUUACAGAAGUUUCCCAGGCAAAUAACAAAGAACAAUAUUGUGUUAUAAGUUUCCAUUAUGGACCUGUGUUCCUGUCUGGAAUCUGCAGGGGAAAGAAGAGUCUGGCCACUGCCCUGGACAGGUACUGCAGAUCAUUUCUUCCAUUUUAAUAAAAGAAGAUGGUGGUGGUUGCAUCUAAAAGACUCUGGUUUUCUGCAGGUUGCCUAAAGGAGGGGGUUAAUGCUUUAACGGAACUGCAACUAUUGAAAGAGUAGCACAUGCAUUACCCAAAAUAUAGAAGUGCUUCUACAGCCAAGAACCAGUUAGCAAUGAGCGCUGUGUGGUUGUUACCUGAAAUAGCAGGCUACUACAUCCACAUCUACAUCUGGCUGGUUACUCAUUGCUAAGUAGAAAUCGUGGUUGUUGGGAUUUGGUUUUGUUGGGGGAGGAGGGAUUAAAAUAAAUGUCCCAGUCUCUUCCUAACAGUAUUAUAUCUAUUUGAAUGCUUUUGUUAGCUGAACUUAACAGUGUGUUUUUAGAGAUGAUGAAUAUCCCAUGUGUUUUAGUUUCUCUUGACAUGUGUAAUAAAUACAAUCAGAAUC